UCCGCCCCCUCCUCCCGUCCGCACUCUCACGAAACAGAGCAGAGCAGCACAGCAACUGAGAUAGACAACAACCCUCCAACUCCUCCUCUUGCCUUCGUUUUCGUAACGACAGAACUCUCUUCACUUCUUCCUUGCCUUCUCCCUCCCAUUCCAUGAGAGACGGCCGCAAGUUGAGCUUGUCAAAGCUACAAGCGUAAAGAAGAAGAAGAAACCCCAUCGGAGGCUUGGGAAUUCCGGUAGCUGUCGCCCACGCCAUGUGCAACACGAACACCACGACCGCCGCCUCCGCCCCCAUGGCGUCCCCCGACGACAAGAACCCCUUGCUAUCUCCCGGCCAUAUCUAUCUCACGCUCCUUCCACUCCCCAAAGCAUCUGGGCUUGGUGAUAAAGCCCAGGCUUUGAAGUCAUUUGCAUCUCAGCCAGCACAAAAGCCGUCCAUCGCCGCUCCCGCCUCCCCGAACCAGCAGUUGCUGCUUCGCUUGCCAUCGCCGUCGGAGACGUUGAAGGAGGCCGGCUCCCUCUUCCGCCUCUCCUUCCCCAUUGCGCUGACGGCGCUGCUCCUCUACUCACGCUCCGUCCUCUCCAUGCUCUUCCUCGGUUCCCUCGGCGACCUCCCCCUCGCCGCCGGCUCGCUCGCCAUCGCCUUCGCCAACAUCACCGGCUACUCCGUGCUUUCCGGGCUGUCCCUCGGCAUGGAGCCCCUCUGCUCCCAGGCCUUCGGCGCUAACCAGCCCCGCCUCCUCUCGCUAACCCUUUACCGCACCGUACUCUUCCUCCUCUGUUCCUCCCUGCCCAUCGCUCUGCUCUGGCUUUACAUGUCCAGAAUCCUCCUCUUCCUCGGCCAGGACCCCGACAUCACCGCCCUCGCCCAGACCUUCCUCCUUUUCUCCCUCCCGGACCUCCUCUCCUUCUCCCUCAUCCACCCCAUCCGGAUCUACCUCCGCUCCCAGGGCGUCACGCGGCCGCUCACCGCCGCCGCCGCCUUCGCCGCCGCCCUCCAUCUCCCUGCCAACUACCUCCUCGUCAUCCGCCUCCACCUUGGCGCGCCUGGCGUUGCUGCUGCUGCCGCGGCCUCCAACCUCGCCCUCCUCCUCUGCCUCCUUCCCCACGUGCCCCGCGGGCCCACCGCAGAGUGCCUCGGUGGGUGGGGCCCACUCGCUCGCCUGGCCGCCCCCAGUUGCGCCUCCGUCUGCCUCGAAUGGUGGUGGUAUGAGCUCAUGAUCCUCCUCUGCGGCCUCCUCCCGGACCCCAGGCCCGCCGUCGCCUCCAUGGGCGUCCUCAUCCAGACAACCGCCCUCGUCUACGUCUUCCCCUCGUCGCUCGGCAUCGGCGUCUCCACGCGCGUCGGCAACGAGCUUGGCGCCAACCGUCCGUCUCGGGCCCGGGUUUCGGCUGCCGUCUCCGUUCUCCUGGCCGCCGUUAUGGGCCUCGCCGCCAUGGUAUUCGCCGCUGGCGUGAGGGAGCGCUGGGGACGGAUGUUCACCCACGACAGCGAGAUCCUGCGGAUGACAGCGGCGGCGCUGCCAGUCGUCGGCCUGUGCGAGCUCGGCAACUGCCCGCAGACCGUGGGCUGCGGCGUGCUCCGCGGCAGCGCGAGGCCCGCCCGCGCAGCCCACGUCAACCUCGGAGCGUUCUACCUCGUCGGGACGCCCGUCGCAGUCGGCCUUGGCUUCUGGCUCGGGUUGGGCUUCGUCGGGCUCUGGAUGGGCCUCCUCGCGGCCCAAGUCUGCUGCGCGGGACUCAUGCUGCACGCGGUGGGGACUACCGACUGGGAGGCGCAGGCCCGGCGGGCUCAGGUGCUGACGUGCACCGGCCUGCCGCCGCCCGAGUCGGCGGCCGUGACGGUGGUGAAGGUUGAAGGGGAAGAGGAAGCGGCGAAGCUGGUGGAGAAGGAGGGCUCCAAAGGCGUGAUCUGCUGCUACGAGCCUCUGGUUUCGAUUAAGGUGUGUGAUGUCGAAAGGUGAUACUGAUCGUGAAUGGUAAUAUUAAUCGGUAAUUGCAAUGCAGUGUGUGGAGACAAACUGAUGGAUUCAAGCAUCUAAAGCUCUAACUUCAGAAAUCGAAGAGAAGAACAGAUCCUUUUUUUUCCCGGAUAUCUUCUUUUAUAUAUAUAUAUAUAUAUCUCAACGAGAAGUUUUGUCAUGAUUUUUAUUCAAUGGACUUUGUACUAUUAAAUUUGAUUUGAUUUGGUCUGGGGAUAAUGUGGGUGAGAUAUAUGUAUAAUAUCAUGUUCUUAGAU